GCCAACGAAAAAUUAAGACUUCAUAGAUGAUCGGCAAUGUCUUCUAUCCUCGAUCACAGAUACGAAUAUUUAAACAAUAAAUACUUCAGGAAACACGAAUACGGUGACUUCACACCAUUCUAUAUUACCAUUACUAUCUGCUCCAUUCUUGCACUUACAAUAUUUUUGAUCAACUUGUUUUUGGGCUGCUGCUCCAGACAUUCUGAAUAUUGGCAAGAUAGAUACACAGGUAAUCGCUGGAUUGUCUCUCUGUGGACCUCAACUCCUCAUCAGCAACCUUCCUUAGAUUACACAGAACUUCAACACGUCCAAAUAGAGAACCAAGGUCCCAGAGUAGUCUACUACCCUCCAGAAGAGCCACAACUAGCGUCCACAUCUCAAAAACCACCACCCCAAUAUCUAGAGUUGCAGAAACGAGAAAGUGAUAUCUAAACAAGCUUUUUUUUAUCUAAACAGGCAGCUAAAAAUAUUCCAAAAUGUUUCACAUGUACUGGCCUGCAACUUGUGCAAUUACACUCUUUCUUAUAGUUGGUGUUAUUAUGGUUAUGCUAAAAUGGGGUCCAAGAUUAUGUAAGCUCCGCCAUACUGCAUUGCCAGAUAGAGGUACUUGGCAGCAUGCUACUUAUGAGCAGCCCAUAUCUUAUGCCUAAACUGUAAUACCUAUAAAGUUUCAUUUAUGAAUUUUAAUUUCUCAACCCUGAGGAGUAAUUUUUGUUACUUUGUUAGCAAUCUUAAUUUCUUUAGACGCUGCGAUAAAUACAAGCAAUUUAUCGUGACAAUAAAUCGCUACGAUUUAUCGAUUUGUUUAGUAGGGUAAAUCGCUGCAAUGUACAUACGACGAUAAAUUGAAAAAACUCGAUCGACAUCGAUAAAUUGCUGGGGUUUAUGGCAGCAUCUAAACCCUGCAUUACUUCGCUACAUCAAGUACAGUAGACUCUCUCUAUAACGAACACAGUUAUUACCAGGUUUCGCUUAUAACGAGGUUCGCUAGAUGUCCCAUGAAAUUCCUAUUGAACUGUGACAGCUCUAUAACGAGGCAUAUUUGGUUAUAACGAGGAAAAAUGAAGAAAAAUAUGCAUCUUUAUCUGUUUUUAGCUCUGUAAUGGCUAUAAAUAAAUACCCCAACUACCUGUGUACAGAAAUCCGCAACAUCUGUGCGGUUACAAAGGAUAGUGCUUUAAUAAAAUCAACCGCCUAUAAUAAACUUCUUCCUGUUCUGUUUAUCUGUCGACCGAUAUUGAAUAUUGAAAGGAAAUUUACACUUUAUGAUAGUGAAGCCUUAUUGUCGAGGAAACAAUAUUUAGCAUCUUAUAUUGCUCUGAAUGGCUUCACUAUAGGAAGUUAAUGUUUUAGAAAACUGUGUAUUUAUAUGUAUGCACAAUAUUAGGUUUGUUCAAACACGAUGAAGAACCGUCAUAUAACGAUCAUGUUACUAGAUAAUUAACUUUUCAUGGGUUCCAUGCGAACGAAAUAAUACGUUCCAUGGUACUGCGCAGGACGGUUUCUAGUUGUGUUGGAACAAACCUAUUAUUAAUAUGUGCAGGGUAGAAUAUUUUAUAUAACAAAUAAAAUUCUUAUGCCUGAUUGCACCAACAAAGUCGACAACAAAUCUGAUCUCCAGUACACGCUGUACGCAGCCUAUGGCUUCUGUUGGGUAAGUCUAUCCACCAGGUAAGUCGGUGGUCACUUCAAUUCACCCCGUAAUUUGAAUUUGUUUUAGAAUUACUCUUUUUUUAACUAUUUUAGGUUAUAAGAUAGUUUUUGUCCUUCAAAGUUUAUUAAAAGUAAUUGAAAACUAACAAUUUUCCUACAGCGUGACAUUGUACGCAAUGUACAGCAUAUAUUGGAGGCCACAGCCUUAAGCUCCAGCUUAGCCCAGCCCAGUUUAUAGAGAAGGCCGCCUUUAAGUUUGACUUAUGUUGCACCAUAUUUUUUUUUCUUAUCUAGCACGUCUUAACUGAGACGAAGUUUAAGAUACAAUCCACGUGGCAAGCUGAAAAUUAAUAAUGACUCAAUGGUGCAACAUGUAUGUUUCGUAAGCUGAGCUUAAAGCAAGUCUUAAGCUUAAAAUCUGUUGGCGCAACAAGGCAUUAGUGUCAGAAUAUUUUAUUUUAAUUCAUUGGAGAGCUACACGUCUCUUAAAUUGCUAUAGAGGGUUAUGAUAGAAUUGUGAACAACACAUAACAAAAACUUAAAUAGAAAUUUCUCUCCCAAGUGAAGAGCGACAUGCAUCUGCUAUAGAUAGUUUAGCAGUUUAUUUUUAUAUUACCAAAUGUUAAAUUGUGUAAAUUCCAUUUUCAAGUCUUUUGGUAUUCCGAAUUAGAAUUGAUAUUGUUGUUGUUAAGAGCCUUCCUUUUUAAAAGGUUUUGGUUACUCCAAUGUCCACAUUUGUAUGCUUUCUAAAGACUUUCCUAAAACCUCAUUGUGUGGUUCCAGAGGGUAACAAACUUAUUUUUUUAAGCCUCAAUUUAUAUACCAUUUGUAGAAGGAUCGCUUCCUUGUCUCACAAAAAAUUAUGCCGUUGAUGUUAUAAAAUAUAAAACAAGGUAAAAAAUAUAUUUCAACUUCUUUCUUUUAAGCGUUUUAUCAAUUCACUCAUCCAGAAGAAAAGUGUCCCAACUAAAAAAAACAACUUUUUUCGGGGGAAAAUAAACAACAAAAAUAGAUUUUUUAUAUCUUAAUUUAUAAGUUUUAAACGGUAACUGCUAAAAUUUAUAAAUUAAAACCUAAGAAUAUGGAUAAGUGAAUGUUUCUAAUUGUGUAAGAGACAAAAACAACAAAAAAACUAUGAUAUCUGAUUUAUACAGAAAAAAGAUAAAAUUUUGAGUUAUGUCACUUCUUUUAAAAUAUUGGUCACUUUUUUAAAAGUAACGAAAAAUACCCAGGACACUUUUUGAAAUACAACGGUUUUUAUGAUAAAUAACAAUAAGUCCACGUCGAAUAUCAGAGCAUAACUGAAGGGUGUCAUUGUUCCGGAAUAAAAAUAUUCAUUUUAUCGCCAACGGAAUAAUGACACUACCGCCAUCUUUCGAAGUUAUAAGUAAACAUCUAUGUGACAUUUUUCUUGAUAAAAGUGUAGGAUAUUUGGAGUCAAUUUAACAAGAUAACUCGAUUGAUGCCUUUUGUGGAGUUGUGUCACUUUUCUUUCGGAUGUGUCAUUUUUCUUUCGAAGUAUAGAUAAUAAUAUUUAUGAACUUUAUAGGUACAAAGUAUUUUUUUUUAUUAUUUUGAUAGAUGUAAUAUUUUUACUCAGUGCCUUAAUAAGGCUACGUUGUUAUUCAACAGUGCUUAUAUAAUAUGUGCACAAACAUAGUAUGUAGUUAAUUUUAAAGUAUUAGUUACCUUUUAAAGGAUUAGGCUUAUACUAGGCUGUUCAAUAAUUUUUGUGGUUCGAUAAGAAGAACACAAAUUUAUGGUUUGAAAUACACUUUAUUAUUCAGUAUAGUCUCUCUGAACAUCAAUACACUUGUUCCAAACAGAUUCCCAUUUAUAAAUUCCAUCCCUGAAGUGAGAAUCUGAAAGGACUGUAGAAUACGCUUCCACAGCUGUUAUGACCUCACCAUUUUUUAUGAAAAACGCUUUUCAUCCAUGAUUUUUUAUAGAUAUUGAAACAGAUGGAAGUUGCUAUCGGCCAAAUCUGAUUAAGAUGGUAGCUCCAACAUUUCGAAGUUCAAUUCAUGGAUUUUAGCCAUUUUUAAAAUGCUCAUAUGGCACGUUUCAUUGUCCUGAUGAAAAAGGAUUUUUUCUUCUGCAAACCGGGUCUUUUUGGACGAAUUUUUUUCUUCAGCUGAUGUAAACGGUUAGAAUAAUAUUCAGAAUUUAUUCUUUUACCAGUUUGCAAGUAAUUCACAAACAGAUUCACAAAAUUCAUGUUAACACCUUCUUGGACACGCUUGUUUCGAAACCGAGGAACUAGGUUCACACCACACUUUAGUCUCUUGUUUUGAUUCAGCAUCACGGUGAUAGACUCAAAUAUCAUCCAUAAUGAUGAAUUGAUACACAAAAUCUACUUUAUCCUUUCGAAAACGCUCUGAAUGUUGUUGAGAAACUCACAUUCGAAUUAGUUGUGUUUUCAAUUUCGUUCAUAAAUUUCAAAUAAAAAAUGCAUUGACAGAUUGAAAUGAAACCACACACGUUCAUAUGAAGAGUGCAAUUAGGCUAGUAGCAACCACUGGCGGCUCGUGGUAAUUUAAGGAGGGUGUUCAAUUAAAGAAUGUAAUUAUACAAACGGUGAAUAAGCGCCGUAGGCGAAAAAUUUUUGGGGCCUCGCGAAAAGAUGUUCUGUAAAAUGAAACCUAUCUUUGACCCGAUUAGUCAGGAUGUCACACACUUUUUUGUUUUGUGCAGAAUAUGAUACCUACUGAAUGAUGGCGCUUCUUCGGUGGUGAAGGUGGAGGCAGAAGUUACGAAUAAUGAAAUGGCUUUGUCAAAACUGUUUAAAAAUCCGUUUAUUUUAACGGCAUCCAAAGACCGAGAUUGAAAUUAUAGUUUUAUUCUUUGAAAAUACUAAACAUGGAAAACAAAAUAAAGAAUGUAGUUUAUCACACCCACAAAAUCACUAAGUUUUUCUAUAUUGUUUAACUUUAAAACAAUGUUUAAACUUUUUGUUUCUUAUUGCGCAUUCUUGUACCAAGUUUAUCUCCGGCCAAGUUAGUCCAUUCUUUUUAUAAAAAGUCGAUUUUCAAAACUAUUUGCAUUUUCUUUUAUAAACUUCACUGAAUAAGGCUCCACUAUCCUAAAAAAAACUACCUACCAAUAUUGUAUUUAAUAAAAUCCCACAACAGAAAAUGCCAAACUGUGAAUCGAAACGCUUCGCCCCGGUCUCUGUGUGCAGUGCACAAAUCGUCAAUGUUUUAAGAUAUGAGAAUCCCUGGUUCACGGAUUUAAGAGCUCUCGUUCUUCUAUAGGGUUACUGUAUAGUGGCUGGGUUCAAUUUGAAUUCUGCACUUACCACGUGCAUCUAGCGUAGCGGUGUUUUGCAAACAAAUUAUGUGAUUAAUAAAUACAGUUAUAUUUUAAUGAUACUAUGAUAUUUAUGAGAUUUAAGAAAAAAUAUUUUAAUGAUAUUUAUGAGAUUUUUAAAAAUAUGUAUUUUAAUGAAAUUUGAUUGGGUGUUCACUGCGCAAGUGAACCAAUGGAGAAACCGCCCCUGGUAGCAACUCCCUCUCUUGUCGAACCGCAAAACUUAUUGAACAAUCUAGUAUAGUUCAAUUACUCGAAACUCAGUCCCAAAAAGGUGGCAUUACCUCAUUUUUAAACAUAUUUUAUCUGCAUUUGUAAUUUAAGUAAUUACAUAAAGUCCAUGUUAGAAAAACUUAAUUUUAGAAUGAGGUAAUGUAAUCUAUUAUGGGAUAUAGAUAUUCUAAAAUAAAAUUAACAUGACUUAUGAAUCUCUAGUUUACUAUCCGUCCAUUUUUUACAUUUUGUAUUUACACUUUUGUAGUAUUUAAUAAUAAAUAUAUUAAAAUGUA